GACGGUUUUCUGCAGGUGACCCCGGAAGCGGAUGACGUCACUGCACAGAGCUGAUGAAGAUGGCGCUCCGGCCCGGAUCAGGGGGCGGCGGCAGUUUCAUGUACCCUGUUGGAGGGGGACUUGGACCUCCACAAGGAAUGAUGCCCAUGCAGCAGCAGCAGCAGCAGCAGCAACAACAAGGAUUUCCCAUGGUCCCGGUCAUGCAGCCCAACAUGCAAGGAAUGAUGGGAAUGAAUUUUGGACCCCAGAUGCCAGCUGGAGCAAUGCCCAUGCAGGGUGGCAUGGCCAUGGGGAUGCAGGCACCAGGUAUGCAGUUCAUAAGUCAGCCGCAGUUCAUGGGAAUGAGGCCUACGGGGCCCCAGUACCCUGCUGACCUGCAGAAACAGAUGGCUGAGGAGCACCAAAAGCGCUUGGAGCAGCAGCAGCGCAUGCUAGAGGAAGAUCGGAAGAGGAGGCAGUUUGAAGAGCAGAAGCAGAAACUGCGUCUACUGAGCAGCGUCAAACCUAAAACUGGAGAGAAGAGUCGAGAUGAUGCACUAGAAGCCAUAAAAGGGAAUUUAGAUGGUUUCAGUAGAGACGCAAAGAUGCACCCAACUCCAUCUUCUCAAUCUAAGAAACCAGACUCAUCGCCAUCUCACUCCUCUGUUCCUCCACAUUCCCACUCCCCUGCUUUUGCAGAGGAUGAUGAUGAAUUUAGUGACUUUAUACAAGGCCCUGUUGAGGCCUCUUUUCCCACUUCCUCCCUCCCUUUGUCCUCCUCUUCCUCAGGUGCCAAUAGGUCACCUUUAGGGGCAGGACCUGGGCAGCGGCCCUCUUCCAGCCCUCUCCCCUUUUCCCAUGCUCCCUCUCUGCCCACACUCACUGUCCCUCACCACUCUUCUGUCAUCUCCAGCUCCCAAUCUACAUUCCAAGGCCCCUCUCUGGAGGAGAAGCUCUUCUCCUCGUGCGAUCUAACAGUCGAUAAGAAGGCUCGGGUUAACUUUAAGCCCUGCCAGGCCAUGUCCGAGCUGGCUGCCAAAGCUCAAGUUUCAGUGCACUUCCAGUGUAGCUCCAGAGCUCGUGACUGGGUCCAAUACCCAGAUGACCUCAGUGCUGACUUCACGUUGGUAAAGACUCCUGAACCUCCAACUGCUUCCCCAGCUCCCACAGCAGCAGAAGCUCAGUCCCAUCAGGCAUCAAGUGCUAGUGGUGUUGGUGUCUAUCCCCAACAAGAAAUGCAGUCCUUGUUGCCAGCCUGGCUCUACAAUGACUCUCUUGUUCCAGAGAUGUUCAAGAAGGUUCUGGAGUUUACAAUGACCCCAGCAGGCAUCGACACAGCCAAACUCUACCCCAUACUGAUGUCAUCGGGUCUGCCCCGAGAGGCUCUGGGUCAGAUCUGGGCCUCAGCCAAUCGUACCACACCAGGCAAGCUGACCAAGGAGGAGCUGUACACUGUGCUGGCCCUGAUUGGAGUAGCACAGAGUGGGCUUCCAGCGAUGAGUCUGGACAUCCUGAGUCAGUUCCCUACCCCUCCAGUGCCCAAUUUGCCUGCAAUGACUAUGGCAAUGCCAGCUGUCCUGACGCAUCAGCAGCCUAUAAUGCCCUCUGCCUCUCCUGCUGUCAUGCCAAUGGCCUCCAACUCCCUGGCACAACCAUCCAACAGCUUCAUCGCCAAUUUCCCACCUGUCCAGGGAACCAAGGUGGAUGAUGAUGAUUUCCAGGACUUUCAGGAGGCGCCAAAAGCUGGAGAUGAUUCGUUCACAGAAUUUCAAGGAGAAACAACAGGAACGUUUCCCAUCGUAACUUCCUCUCAAAGCAGCAUUCCAGCCAUGCUGACUCCAGUCUCUAGCUCUUCAACCUCGUCUACCUCUGAUAAGUAUGCAGUGUUUAAACACCUGUCAGUGGAGCAUCCAACAGAACCCGCAGCUCCUGUCUCAGAUCAUGGAGACAAAUACAGUGUGUUUAGAGAGCUGGAGCAUCCAUCAGACAGGAAGCCAGUUGGGGAAGGUUUUGCUGAUUUCAAGUCCGUUGGUGCCGAUGACGGCUUCACCGACUUUAAAACAGCCAACAGCACUUCUCCACUAGACCCUCCAGACCAGGCCAAGACAUUCCAACCUGCUUCAUUUCCACUUCCUUUCAGCUCCUCUCACUCUCUGUCGCAAUCUCAGACCCAUCCGACUUCCCUGGCACAGCCUAAAAACCCUCUAAACAUGUCAGACCUGGACCUCUUUUCCUCCAUAGCGCCUCCUUCCACUGUCGACUCUAAAGCCACCUGUUUUUCCCAUUCCUCCUCCUCUACCUCUGCCUUGCCCUCGCUGCUCCUUCCUUCCGCAGGCCCCAAACCCGACGACUUUGGUGACUUCGCACUCUUUGGCUCCUCCUCUUCCUCAUCUUCUGCCUCUGAGGCAGCUGCCUCAGCUCAGAGAGGAACCGGAGCAGGAGGAGCUGCGGCACAGGAUGACUUCGCUGAUUUCCUGUCGUUUGGUAACCCUGUGAAGCAGCCGACUGAGAGCAGCAAGGAGAGUGAUGACUUUGCUGACUUUCAGUCAUCCAAAUUCCAAGAAAAAAGCUUUGUAGAUAAGAUGGCUGCCUUCAAACAGGCCAAGGAGGACUCUGCUUCGGUUAAGUCGUUGGACCUGCCGUCUAUCGGAGGCAGCAGCGUGGGAAAAGAUGACUCGGAGGAUGCUCUCUCUGUGCAGCUGGACAUGAAGUUAUCAGACGUGGCUGGAGAGCUAAAGCACGGUGCAUCUGACAGUUCAUUGGACCUGCCAGGCUUGAGCUCCCAUCAGCCCCCCGCCGCAGACGUCGAUGAUCUCAAGUUCCAUCCGUUCGGGAGCUCUGGCAUCAGCGUCCUGUCCAGCUGCGAUUGGUCCGACAAAGACGAUGCCCCGUCCGGACAGGGCACGAAAGCCCAGGGAGUUUCUGUGUCCGUGCUGCCUUCCUCAGCCACACUUCACAAGAAGGAGACGUCAUUCGGCAGCUCGGAGAACAUCACACACACCACACUAGAAAAAGUCACCACGUUCCCCAUCGAAGACGCAGGGUUCGCUGACUUUGCAGAUUUCAGCUCUGCCCAGCAUGCACCCAGAGAGGAAGAGGAUGAUGAUUUUGGUGACUUCGCCAGCACUGUUUCAGAAAAAUCUGACGCAGCCGAUGCCGGUCUUGAGGUCACGCAUCCUGAGGUGCCAGACGACUUUGGUGCUUUCCAGGCAGACAAGCCCAAGUUUGGCAAAUCCGACUUCCUGAAGGCGAGUGCUCAGCCAAAAGCAAAGUCCAGUGAGGAGAUGAUCAAGAAUGAGCUCGCCACAUUUGAUUUGUCCGUGCAAGGGUCCCAUAAGCGCAGUCACAGUCUAGGGGAGAAGGAGAUCUGCUCCACACCUGCUCCUGAACAACAAUUUCGCGAUCGCUCUAACACCUUGAGUGAGAAACCAGCGCUGCCAGUCAUCCGGGACAAGUACAAAGAUUUAACAGGAGAGGUGGAGGAGAGUGAGCGCUAUGCGUAUGAAUGGCAGAGGUGCUUGGAGAGCGCUUUUCAGGUGAUCGCCACAGCCAACAACACCCUUAAUGGUAUCAGCAGUUCCACCGUGUGCACUGAGGUCAUCCAGUCAGCACAGGGCAUGGAGUACCUGUUAGGUGUGGUGGAGGUGUACCGUGUGGCCAGGCGAGUGGAGCUGGGCAUCAAGGCCACAGCUGUUUGCUCAGAGAAACUGCAAGAGCUGUUGAAAGACAUCAGCCGUGUGUGGAACAACCUCAUGGGCUUCAUGUCUCUGGCCAACCUCUCACCUGAUGAAAGCUCCCUGGACUUCUCCUCCUGUAUCCUGAAGCAUGGUAUCAAGAACGCCAAAGAGCUGGCGUGUGGAGUGUGUCUGCUCAACGUGGAUUCACGCAGCAAGAAGAAAGAGGAGAACACGUUUGGACGUCUCUUUAAAAAAGCACUGACAAAAGACCCAGGCACAAAGCUAACGGCUUUUAACUCCGAGACGGAUAACUUCAAGCUGACGUACGGCGGGCACCAGUACCACGCCAGCUGUGCUAAUUUCUGGAUUAACCGUGUAGAGCCCAAGCCUCCUGGCCUCAUCCUUCCCGACCUGCUGUGAUUUCUCUCAUCCGCCUCUGCUGCUGGGGAACAAGUGGGAAAAACUGGUUCUGAAGUUUUGUUCUUUCUUAAUUUAUUGUUGUCUUUUUCCCCACUUUUUUUUUCCAACUUGGCCUGUUAUGGUACUGAGUGUUUUGUGAAUGUUUGCUGAUGUAAAGAAACAAAAAAAUGAAUAAUUUAUUGACAUUGAAAUUUUUUUUUCUUUGUAUUUCUGCCUGUUUGAAGGACUGCAGUGUCUGAGUUUUACCUACCGAAUGAUAAGAGACCUGACAGCCAUCUAUAAAGAACGCCGUGUUCGUCAUUUAAACAGAAAGCAAACAAGACUUUCACUGUAGUAUUUACACUGGAUAACGUAGAGUUACGUAGAGAUCAACAUAAUUUAGACGUUCAUGCAGAAGGACAGGAAGGUGUUUCCUCUUGCUCAUGCUCAUCAGGGCCUGUGCUGUCAGUUAACUGGAAGUGGAUCAUGAAAAUGGAGGGUGUGGGAUUAUCUGUUAUUAUAUUUUCAUAACACAUCAUGACCAGACAAGACCAUUAAACUUUAACUGUCUUUUACAGUGUUCUAUUCUCUGUUGUAUCUUAAAGAACAAUGAAAGGUUGUGCUCAUAAAAAAUGGCUUGUUCUUUUUACACUUCAGACAAAAUUGAGCGUAUUUACAGAAAAUACUUUGAGCGUUAAUAACAUGGCUGUAGAUAAAGGUGAUGGCUAUUAAAAUGCUGUGUAGAAUUGC